AUGAGAGUCGCUGCGGUUGAUGCAAUGGCUGAGGUUAAGUGCCCAGAGACAAACCUGAAUGGAUCAAAAACCGUUCGCAUUUUUGAAAAGUUCAGCGAAAAUGAAGAAAUCCCGUUGGUUUCUGACAGAUACGAUCUGCCAUCUUCCCUAAAAGAAACUACUCGUACGAAGAAGCAAAAAAGCCAGAAUCCGGUGUAUUAUCGUAUCACAGCUUCGACACAUAUCGCCAAGGUACCGAUGAAGAGGCUUCAAUCACACACAAAGACAAAGAUGGAGCUAGCAGAUUAUAUAGCACAAAAGACCAUCAAGUGUGGCCGGCGAAAUGGAAGACGAGUGGUUGUAGCAUGGAACUCAGAAUGCAUUGGAAUAAUUGAAGAUUGUUCUUAUAUCCUAAGCAAUCAAGAGGAGGCAGACGCAAAUUAUUUUACAUGCCGUAGAUGCUACAGCCAGAGGUACCACUGGAGAACACUCUUCUUGUCACUGGUACAGGUAGGAACCAUCGAAAAAUUAUUCUUUGACCAAUUUUUCGCACCUUAGGCCCCGAAAUAGCAGCCGCUCUCCCGGCGUUUCAUGCUCAAAGUGGAGCAGACAAUACUGGCUGUUUUUCGGGGAAGGGAAAACUGCAUGCUGGGAAGUUUUCAGCUUUUGAAGGUUCAGAUUUGACUCCUAGAGUUGCGAUUAUGGCUUCAAUCGAGAAGUUUGUGUGUCAGCCCUGUCUCCCCGAGACGGAUAUGUGA